AGCAGCAGCAGCCGUAGCAGCAGCAGCAGCAGCGGCAACAUCGCACAUCCCCCGAAGGUUUUUGCGUCCAACCAGAAAAUCCAAAUUCAGUCGAGAACUACGUCUGGUGGCUGCGCAAAGGCGGAAUUUCGUUUGCGGGUCUCUCGCUUAAUUAACCGAACCGAACCGAAAACCGUACCGAAACCGCUCCGUUCCGUUCCGUACCGAACCGAUCAGCACAAUCGAUAACAAUCGUGGAUCUAUAAUAUAAAUCUGAACAGCAAUAACAAUUUAAAACGCUUCUAUUGUCUAUCAAACGGUUGUAGUGUUUAGUGUACAUAGCGGCGGAUACGUAACUCUAAAUCUAACUCACAAGCACCCACAGUUGCCUUAACCAGUGCCAAAAAUCGUAAAUACUUAAAUACUUACUUAGUGAUCGUACCUGUUUUUCGCAUCUCAACUGGCAUCCCAAGUGUUCAAAAAAGAAAACCUAUGCCCUCUAUCUAAUUGAAAUUGCCACACAGCACAGUUUAUUUGGAUCAAAAUGCACAUUCUACAUCGCACCAACGAGCAUCAGUUCGAGGAUCAGAAGUUCAUGAUGGAACGCCUCAGCGGACAUGGGAGUCUAGGGCUGUCCAGCGGCAGUGCGGCGUACACAACGCAUUCCGGAGGACACACGGGGCGCAGCGGACCGGCCACGGGGCACAGUGGGCACAGUAGCACCCAUGGCUCGGCGGCCACCAUGCACCACCAGUCGCUGCAGUCCGACUUCCAGCCGCCCUACUUUCCGCCCCCCUUCCACCACUCCACGCAGAGUCCGCCCCAGCAACAGAUAUCCGGCUACUUGCAGAACCACGGCGCACUCGAGUACUUGGGCACGGACCCGUACGGCCAGCCCCUCUCCUCGCUGCACCACGCCCCACUGCACCACUACAACCAGUUGGCGGGACUGCGGUCCACGCAGGACCAACUGGGCAUCCACAGGACCCACAGAGAGGCUGAGCUGCAGGGACAUGUUACACAACUGUCUCACGGAUUUCCAUAUACGGAUAGAAGAAGCGACUACGGUAGUGCAAUAUCGGCGGGAGCUGCCCAUGGAACCAGACUUGGACAUGAACACGAAUCCCUGGCGUUGCAUCAAGCCCUUCAGAAUGCUGUCGAUGAUGUCCAAGCUCCUGCCCUCGACGAUAACGUGGCGUUUAUGUCAGACUUGCCGCUUAUAAAGAGCAUGAAAAGCGGAAAAGAAGCCGGGAACAUUGGAUCGGGUUCGCCCAGCGAGGUAUUCUGUGCUGUUCCUGGUCGCCUUAGUCUCCUAUCGAGCACCUCGAAAUACAAGGUCACCAUAGCCGAAGUGCAGCGGCGUCUGUCGCCACCAGAGUGUUUGAACGCCUCCCUGCUGGGCGGAGUGCUUCGAAGGGCCAAGAGCAAGAACGGAGGUCGCCUGCUGAGGGAGAAGCUGGAGAAGAUCGGCCUCAACUUGCCGGCCGGCAGGCGAAAAGCGGCCAACGUAACGCUACUCACAUCCUUGGUGGAGGGGGAGGCCACGCACCUGGCCAAGGACUUCCACUUCGUGUGCGAAACCGAAUUCCCCGCCAGGCAGCUGGCCGAGUACAUCGUGCGGCACCAAACGGAGCCACAGGACUCGUACCGCCGAAAAGAGCUCAUUCUCCACUCCCAGCAGAUUACAAAAGAGCUAAUGCAGAUCUUAAGUCAAGAUCGGACGACACAUUUUGGCACGAGAUCCCAGCACUUGUUGGAGCCAUCGAUGCAACGCCACCUAACACAUUUCUCCUUAAUAACGCACGGCUUCGGAUCGCCCGCAAUUAUGGCUGUUCUGCAUGCUUUCCAGACAUUCUUGAAUGAAUCAUUAAACUAUUUGGAAAAGCUGUAUCCUUCCAACGGUGGCGGGAUGGUGUCGUCAUCGUUGGAUAAAAGUAAAAUUGACAACGAAAAAAAAUGAUAGGCUAUGUUGUAUAUUGCCGCAGAAUAAAGCAAGCCGUAAUUUAAGAUUAACUUUCCAUACAUUAGGUACAACGUCGAUAAAAAUAAUAAAAUUCCUGUAAAUUAAUUUAUUUAGUUAAGUGUAAAUUAUUGGACAUUUUGUAUAUCUAUAACUGUAAUUUGAAUGUACAAUAUUCAAAUAUAUUAUAUUAAAUACGUAUAAUUUAUUUAACUUAGAAAAAUACAUCGA